AUGGUGCAACAUAAGGCUCAGUUGAAGAAGCAGCAAAAGCGUGGUGUAGACUUCAAAAAAAUAAAGCGGAAAAUUGGGAGGAAACUGCCGCCACCAAAGAAUACCACCAAUACUGAAGUCAAAUCGAAAGCAAUCAUAUUACCGGAGCAAAGUUUGGCAUCAGAGAAGGCUGGUCUAGCUGUCAGCAAAAAAGGUUUGACCUUAAAAGAGCUGCUUCAGCAGACAUCUCAUCACAAUGCAAAAGUCCGCAGAGAUGCAUUGAUUGGGAUCAGGGAUAUCUUCCUAAAACAUCCAGCACAACUGAAAAUGCACAGACUCUCUGUUAUAGAAAAACUGCGCGAGCGCAUGAGUGAUGAAGACAGAAUUGUCCGUGAGACGCUCUAUCAACUUCUAAAAGCAGUCAUAUUUCCUGCUUGUAAAGAGGAUAACCAGGGGACUUUUAUAUCCUUGAUGAUGGCUUAUGUCUUCAAUGCAAUGACACAUUUGGCAUUUGAUGUUCGUUUGAUGGCUUUCAAAUUUUUCGACUUGCUUGUCCAGCACUACCCAAUGUCAUUCUCCAUGUAUGCUGAAAAGAUCAUCCAACAUUACCAAGAGAUAUUGCAGAAGAACCAGUUUAAUUUGCAUGACAAGGGAAAGCUUAAGAGUGUUCUUGCUGGCUUGGCAUACUGUCUCUCUCUGUUGCCAGAUGUUAACUCCUCAACUGAAAAUGCAGUUGCUGACCCAAGAAUUUUGCAUGCUUUUGAGUCUCAACUGCAUGAAGAUGGUUCUGCUUUUCCGGUGACUGCAAAGGAAUUGAUGGGCCUUUUGCCUAUUUUAGUUGGUGGUCUCCAGGAUUUUAUGCCCUCAGUUCAGAUAAUGCCUAAUUUGGAAACACAGUCAUUUGAUUGUGUGCUUUCUUUAUUGAAAAGUAUACAUCUUGUUGUCAAGUUUUUUGUUUAUGGGAAUCCGAAAGUCUCACCACCUUCCAACAGAAGAGAUCAAGAUGUGUUGCAGAUGUUAUUGAAGAAGUUGUUUACUGUGUUUCCCCUGAACCCAACACAUCAGUCAUCGGAGAAGGAAGACAAUAGGUAUUUUAUCUUGAAUGUCAUAGUUUCAGAGAUCUUCUUUUGUUUAAGUGAUUGGUCAGCUCCCCCAUCUGUCUUUCUGGAAAAAUUCCUGGUGUUCCUUGUAGAUGCAUUGUCUGAGAAGGUCUGUGGCACUGGCAAAGCAUUUUUUCAGAAGCAUUCACUUCCACUGAUUCGUUUCAUUCCUAAACUGAUGAUGCAAGUGGAUGAUACUUGGAAAUCACACAUUCUCCAGGCUUUUACAGAGGUUUUCAAGAAGUGUGAUCCGGAGUCUUCAAUGAAAUUAGUUUGUCUUUCAGCAAUCGAAGAAAUGCUGUUUCCUGUAAGCCUGGCUGGCUGGCUGGUUAAAAACACGUGGGCAAAUGCAACAAGUGAUUCAGAAAUGUUGGAGUUCAAGAUUAGUUGGAUAAGAGAGAUUCCUUUGGUGCUAAGUCUGUUAGGUGAUAAAAAUCCUUUGUCGUCCAAGGCUGUGUUGCGCGUGCAGCUUGAGUUGGGACAAUGUGGUAUCAUGAAGUCGGAGUUUGACAGCAUGCAGUUGUCAUUGAGAGAAUUCUACAGUACAAGCCAUGAUGGUGAUGGAGAUAUUUCGUAUGGGGCGUUCAUGAAGCUGCCAAGAGAGAUUCAGGAAGUCUGUAUAUCUUGCCUCUAUUACUUCUCCUUCCUAGACCCAUCUCUGCUUCAGUCGGUGGCUGCUUGUUGCUUGUCUGAGGAUGUCGAUCCAUUUCUGUUAUUUCGGUUGUUGGAAGUUGUGAGUUGUGGGUACAGAGCUGGACACAUCCAGAUUGCUGACUAUAUUAGUUUUCUCAUCACGAUACCCUCACGAUACACAGUUUUUCCUGAACAUAGUGACAAGUCAAACUCUGGAUUAUUUAGGCGCGUGACUAGUGGUGUUUGCUGUUGCCUGUCUCAGAUUGGGGAUGAUCAUCUUGUUUUGAAGAUGGUAGAGGGAACGCUUAUUCAUCAGAUUUCGAAUAUGAAUACAACUAACGAAGCAGGCUUGGAGAAUGCAUGUGCAUUGCUUAGAAUGAUUACCAGACUUGAUUCCAAUCCCACAAGGCUUUCUGAAGAGAGCAUCUCCAAACUAGGCAACCUCCUUCCAGGAUACUUGCUCCAUGUUGUGUCUAAUGUUGGGGAAGAGGAGGAUGGAAGAAGCAGAAGAAGGGGUUACUAUGUUUUGCCGUGUUUUGUUUUGUUGUCUAGGAGUGAGAGAAUUGUAUAUCGUGUGUUGAAGGUGAUGAGGACAUGGACAUGUGAAAAACCAAGGAUAAUUGCAGUUGUUGGUGUCCUCCUGCUGAUGCAUGAUGAGGAUGUUAGAAGAGGUGGUGGCAGUGGCAGUGGCAGUGGCAGUGGUCAAAUAUUUAAGAAAAUAGCAGCAGCACCUAAUUGUAAGGAAGAGAUUGACGGCAUAUUGCACAACAUAAUCAGAGUAAUGUCUGAUGAUGAUGAUGAUGAUGAUGGAUACAAGUUGAACAUGGAAGAGAAACACAAAUUGCAAUAUGCAUAUGAUCGCCUAAAGAUCAUUAUUGGUGGAUAAUGUCAUUAUCAACAUUUUGCUUUUAGUUAGUUGAGAGGACUUACUUUGAUUCAGAAUCGGAACCGGUAUUGCGAUAUUAUAAGAACAAGUAACCAGACCGCGGUUCCAAUACCGGUUCCACUCGAGUUCUGAUUUCGGUCCCGGUUUUUCGGUUAUUUGUCCAAACAAAAAUUGGUUAUAAAUUAAGUGAAACUAAUGACGAUGCAAUUCAUAGUACUUGCAUGUUAAGUUGGCUUCCAAAAAAAUAUAAUAUUCAAC